UGAACUAUUUGUUAUUAGUCUUGACAAAAUAGUUCAACUAAAAGGUAUCGAAUAAAAAGUGAAGUGAAAGAUUUUGUUAACUGCCGAGUCCUCUUAUUUCUUAGUCACUUGUUUUGGAGGAAAAUAAAAAGUGUAUUUAUAAAUUCGUUGUAACUAAUUAUAAACUUUUAUUACGUGUUUUAAGUUUUUUUUGGUGUUUUGUAAGCUGAACGAAAAAAGUAUAAAUAUCUGAAGAAGAUUUAUCCAAGAAAUCAGUUAAAGUUUAACAUCGAAUCAGAAAACAAUGGGAUCAGUAACAGUCUUUGUAGCCUUAAUCUUAACGGUUUUGCUUGGUUCACAAGCAGCACCAGUUACAGAAUUUUUCGGACCUCCACAGACAAUUGAAGGUGAUAGAAAUGUGGUCUAUCCAAAUCCUAUUCCAGUAAAAAAAGUUGAAGAAAUGGAACGUUUCCACAGGACUUACAAAAACGGGACAGUCGAAUUUAAAAUGGCCCUGAAUAAUGGUCACGUUCAAUACCAAAGAAUAAGCACGAAAUAUGUUGAUGGAGAUAAAAUUCAAGUUUUUGAAGGAUAUAUUUCUGAGCAAUACAAAGAUGGUCGCUAUGGUACUAGAUAUUAUGCUGCUGAUGAAAAUGGAUACAGAAGUUCACCAGUGAUAGUUGAGAACAAUCCACCGAAAUUACCUAGCUCAGGCCCAUAUGCCUUGAAUAAACUUAGUGAUAGUGAAAAUAAACUACCACCAUUGGUUAAUGAAGAUGUUCAAACGACGGCAAAAACAAUUGAAGGUAAUUUAGUAGAAAUUGAAAAGGAACACGAAGAAGAUCAGUUGACAAAUUUGAAUCAAGGAUCUGAUACCAUUUCAACUACUGAGUCAGAAAUUCUAAAACAAGAAGAUAAUGAAGAUAUAUCAGAGCAGAAGAAUGGUGAAGAAAUUCUAAAUCAGGAAGAUGAAAUAUUGGAGAAGAAAAAUGGUGAAGAAAUUUUGCAGCAAGAAGAAGACACAUUGGAGAAGAAAAAUGGUGAAGAAAUUUUGCAGCAAGAAGAAGAAAUAUUGGAGAAGAAAAACGAUGAAGAAAUUCUGAAUCAUCAAGGAGAAAUAUUGGAAGAGAAAAAUGGUGAAGAAAUACCUCCAUCGGUAACUGAAGAUAUUCAAGGUAGGACAAAGACCGUUGAAGAAAAUUUAAUAGAAAUUGAAAAAGAUCUGGAAGAAGAGCAGUUAAACAAUUUGAAUCUAGGAUCUGAUAUUGUCAAAGAAGACUCUAUUUCAACAACUGAGUCAGAAAUUCUGAAACAGGAAGAUAAUGAAGAAAUAUUGGAGAAGAAAAACGAUGAAGAAUUAUCAGUUCAACAAAAUUCAGACCUACCGACCAGUUCAGAAAGUUCACCAAUUUCUCCAAUUUCUGAAGACAGCUUCGAAAAAGUAAAUGAUCAAGUUGAAUCUUCAACACUUCCACCUUCUAGUAUUGAUAUUGCAACUGAUUCAGAAAUUCUGAAGCAGGAAGAUAACGAAGAAAUAUUGGAGAAGAAAAACGAUGAAGAGUUAUCAGUUCAACUAAAUUCAGAUCUACCAGCCAGUUCACCAAUUUCUGAAAACAGUUCCGAAAAAGUUAGCAAUGAAGUAGAAUCUUCAACACUUCCUGUUUCUAGUAUUGAUGUUACAACAGAGCCUAUUACAGAACAAUCUUCAACUGAAGCAAUCACUGAAGCCGAUAAUCUUGAAAUAUCUUCUGAGCUACCGAAAUUAGAAGAAGAAUCAAUUGGAAGAAACUUACAUUCUUCAUCUUCCUCAGAAAUAUUAUCUGAAGGUGAAGAAGAUAUUAAAGAAAUAACAAAUGGAGAACCUAUUGUUCCAAUUGGUGAUAUUAUUCCAAACUUAGAAGUUAGCACAGAAGUGUCAAUUGAUGAAAUUUCAGAAACAACAACUGAAGCUCUUUUAAAUGAAGACGUCGUCACUUCUACUGAACAAUCGGCUUCUCUUAAUAUUGAAGGUCAGGAAUUUGAAGCAAAAACACCAGAAUUCAAUGAGAUUAAGACUGAAGAUGAUGUAUCAAGAUAUCUUGAACAUAAAACUGGAGCUAUUUCAGAACACAUUUCACCAGUUUUUAAUAAAAAUGAUGAAGACUUAGGAAAGACUCUUGAACAAGACCCAUUGACUGAACAACAAGCAAAUGAAGAUCAAGAAUCUAGAACAGAAAUUCCAGAAAUAAACGAAAUUAAGACUGACGGUGAGACAUCAAAUGUUUCUAAGUAUCCAAUAGAAAUUUCUAAAGAUGUUUCGAACAACAACUCAAAUGAAGACAUAUCGACUGCUUCAAUUAACAAAGAAGAUCACGAAAUCACUACAGAAAUUUCAGAAAUAGACGUUGAAGUAUCAACUGUUUCUGAUUUAGAAGAAAGCACAAAACUUGAUGAAGUCUCAGAAACAACAACUGAAGCAUUGUUGAAUGAUGAAGAUAAAACUACUGAAUUACCAAUUUUUUUGAAUACUGAAGAUCGUGAAUCAAGUACAAUCAAAAGUGAGAUAAGUACAGAAAUUCCAUUAGAAGCAAUUAAAACAAAUGAUGAAUUGGACUCUAAACAGUCUAGAAGUCUUGAUGUUUCUACCGAUUUACCAAUUCCAGAGAAAAAUUCAACAACUGUUGCCAAAAAGAGUGAAGAAGGAGAAAAUACUACAAACACUACAAACAAAAUUGAAAUAAACACAGAACAACCUAAAUCAAAGGAAGAAGAAGACAAUAUUUCAACAACAGUUUCUGAAGAAGGUACCACAACUGAAGCAGAAAUUAUUUCGACUACCGAAUUGAAUGAUAUUAAGUCCACAGAACAACCAUCACAAAGUUCGGAAGAAGAUUCAAGUGAAAAAAGUACCGAACACCCCAAGGAAUCUAGUGAAGAAAAUGAUACUAAAGGAAAGGUCGCUGAAAUAACCACAGAAGAACCAGGUUUUUUUCACAAACUUUUACACCUAGAGAUGUGGACAUAAGAUUUCAUGGAGAUGAUUCUAUAAUCUAUCAUCCUGUUUUUUAUUCGUAAAAUUAGUUAAGAUGGAAAUGAUGUUGUUUUGUAAGCUAGAAA